CGCCUCGGCUGGCGAGACGCCGCUCGCGGAGUGGUUCUGGCAGAUCGGCAAAGGCGCGUCGCGCGCCUGGUCGCGCUACGCUCCCCACCAAGAGGCUCUGAUCGAGCGCGCCUACCAGCUGGCGGAGGAGAGGGUGCGGCUCGACGGCGAGCGGGUGCUCGACUUGCGGCAGAUGAAGCAGGUGCGCGACGACGGCCCCGGCCGCUCCCGCCCUGUGCGGCGCGAGCCGCCUGCAGCGCCAUACUCGACUCGUCCGACGAAGCGGAGGCGGGACGCGCGGGGGGCGACGGGCGGCGGCGAGGGCGGCGGCGGCGAGGGCGGCGGCGGCGAGGGCGGCGGCGGCGAGGGUGGCGGCGUGGCGACCGUGCGCGUUCUUCCCAAUCUCUCCCCCGCCAAGCGCGCCACCGUCCGCGUCGUGGUGUUGCGGCGCGACAGUGGCGUCGUGCUGACGGCUGGCUCGGGCUGCCUCGUCUCGCGCGACGGCCACGUGCUCACGGCGGCACACCUCUUUGUGAGCGCGCGGUCGGGCGCGCUCUUCCAUGGCUUUGCGCCGAGCGAGGCAGCGCGCUGCUCUGCUCGGAACCCCUCUCGGACCCUUCCCGGAACUGUCCCCGCAGGCAGCGCGCUGCUCGUGCUCGGUUGGCCGUCGCCGCACGGCCAGACGUCCAUCUUCGUCGACAGCACCCAUGAGUGCCUCUCCCGCGAGGGGCAGCUGCUGCACACGCGCGCCUUCAUCCACGCGGGAUCGAGCGGCGGGCCGGCGCUCACGCCCUCGCUGCACGUCGUCGGCGUGGUGAGCCACAACCCGCGCUCGUCCGACGACACCAUCCGCCCGCCAGAGGCGGGCGGCGAGGUGCACUACCUCGCGUGCAUCCGCUCGACCGAGCGCAUCGGGCUGAUCGCGCCCGCCGCCACCGACCUCAUCAGCUGCCGCCGCGCCCCCGCCGUCCUGCCACCGCCGCCGCCGGCCGCUGUGCCAUCGCUCCCAAAACUAGCGUGAGGGUUGCCAGUGUUUGGCGAGGAGUAUAUGUGCUGCGAAGUUUCGUGUGGCAAAAAUUGCGUGCUCGACACCCGCGGAUUGUAGUUUGUGUGCCGUCUCUCGAUCUCGUGUGCCGCACCGCGCACGCGCCGCAGUG